UUUCGUUGCUCCGAAGGAACACCGCGCAGUAGAGUCGCAACUCGUGUGUGAAUUUUCGUGCAGAAAAGUCCCAAAAUCUAGUGCAAAUACGACCGGAUAAGUGCCAGAACCGUGCCAAUCUAGUGCAGCAUUGACUGUUCUCUAUAAUACGGUGCACAUCAACAAGGAAAAACAUAUAAACAAGGCAGCAAAAAAAAACGGUAGUGUUAUUUUCGAAUAAACGCUAAAGACCCACCCCACAGUGCGAGUAAGUGAGUGCAAAGCAAAUUUCAGUGUGUAGAACGAACAGCGAUAGACAACAACAACAACACCAACGGCAAUCGAACCCAUUUUAGCACUCUUCAGUGAAAAACACGCAGCACUCAGCAGUGAAAACGGAAAACACUGAAGAACACCAAGAAGUGAAGUGAAUGAGUGAAUUUCGUGCAAAGCGCAGUCAGCAGUGAGUGAGAGAGAAACAGCCUAACCGACGACGAAAAAAAAAAAAAACUUGCGCUCCGAAAUUGGAAUAUCGAUCUCUUUGGCCAUCAGUUCCCCCAUCAUUCAGGAGGCAGGACCAGCGAUUGUUGUGUAUUGUACAGGGGAAAGAGAGCAGAACACGUCGUUCCGAAGUGCAAACGCAAAGGAAGAAAAGCUUGCCUCUCCGUUCCAGUGUGUUUGUGCGUUGUGUGCGUGUGUUUAUUCCUACAAAGUGUUUAUCUGGAAAUUGUUGUUUUUCUGCUGCGAGCGAGGAGCUACGUUUACUGUCUUUUAUUUUUUCUUGUGCCAAUUCGCAAUUCGGAGAGUCGCAUUUUUUUCGAGUUGGAAAAUCCUGAACAAACUUUGCAACGUGGAGUUCGUUACUGGAUAAUGACAGUUGGCACCAUUGAUCUGUGAAGUCCAAAAAAAAAGAGAAGCCAAAGCAACUUUCCGCAUCCGAACCAACAGUGAGUAAUGUCCAGUGGCACCACGACCAAGUUUCAUAUGCCUCAGCCCCUCGUGAAGCAGGACGCCCACAAGGAACAUCAGUCAGCAACGGUUGGAAGCACCACCGGUGGAGGCGCUGUUGGCACCAGUAGCAGUAGUAGCGGCGGCAGCAACAACGUGGUCAAAGUCUACCAGAACCAAGUGCAGUACAUCGUGGCCAAGGGAACGACAACGACGACCAGCGCCACCAGUGACAACAAUGGUACCACAGCUGGAGCUGUGAAGAACGCCUCUACUCCAGCGGAUUAUGUAUCAAGCAGUGGCACUACAGAGAUGGCCGACACUGAGGUGAAAGUAGUUAUUAAGCAAACAGCGGCUGGAGUCGAUCAGGAUUCGAUCGAACAGCAGGAACAAAGUAUUAUCGCUACCCUGUAUCAGCAGCAGCAAGCGAAGAAUGGUAACAAUCGGUUGUCCUCGCAGCGAUCAUCCCCAGUAUCUUCUCCGUCGCCACCUCCGACGACGACGACGACCAUGGCGACGGCGAAUCAAAAACUAAGCAACGGUGCAAGCGCAGCAACGGCCAAAAUGAGUGCACCGGCUGCCGUGACAACUCCGGCGGCAGCCCCCACGGUCACCGCCGCAACCGGCAACAACAGCUCACCAAAUACGGCCAAUUUCCACAACUUUAUCGGGCGGCUCAUCAGCAAGGACAACAUGCUCCUGAUCAGCGAGGACAUCAUCGAGGUGGGCCGGAACUCGUCCAAGUCGCAGGUGGAUUUCCACGUCGGCAAGAACAGUUUCGUCUCGCGGAAGCAUUUCAUCAUCCAGCACGACAUGAACGAUGACUUCAAUCUGUUCUGCCUGAGCAAGAACGGAGUCUUCAUCGACAAUGUGUUCCACCGGAAGUGUCCCGAGCCGUACAAGUUGCCAAAGGUUUGUAGCAUUCGAUUCCCAAGUACAAAUAUCAAGAUUCAGUUCGAGAACCUGAUCGAUCAGGCCAACAACGGAGGCAUUUCGAUCGACCUGAACCAACACACGCCGAUCAAGGUGGGAACCGGAACGGUUGGUAGUGCGGCGGCGGCGGCAGCAGCAAUAGCCGCGGUCGGAGGCAAUCUCAGUGCGGGUGGCUCAGCCACUGGCAACAAGUCCCCGUCGCCGAAUGUCGUUUACUCACCGCUCAAGAUUUCCAUCCCGGAACAGAGCGGAUCGGCUAAUUCGAACCUAGUGGUAGACAUCCGAGGCCAUCAUCCCGGUGGCGGAGGCGGCGGUGGUGGACGGGACAGUGGCAUGCACAUUGGCGGCAGUGGUUAUCCGUCGCCCACCGGCACCAUCAGUGCGGCCAACAGUUGCCCGACGAGCCCUCGGCAAAACACGCACGAGUUCCCACAGUAUAGUCACAAUAGUCAUAGUAGUAACAACAACAAUUAUACCGAAUUCCAAGCACCUGCAUCUCAAUCCAUGGCCGACGGUGACAAACCGCCGUACAGCUACGCACAACUGAUAGUGCAAGCAAUCUCGGCAUCACCGGAGAAGCAGCUGACGCUGUCCGGCAUCUAUUCGUUCAUAUCGAAGAACUACCCCUACUACCGGACGGGAGCCAACAAAGGCUGGCAGAACUCGAUCCGCCACAAUCUCAGCUUGAAUCGAUACUUCAUCAAGGUGCCACGAUCCCAGGACGAACCGGGCAAGGGUAGCUUCUGGCGGAUAGACCCUUCGAGCGAGUUGAAACUGAUCGACCAGAGCUACCGCAAGCGGCGCCAGCGGGGUUCGCAGUGCUUCCGGACGCCCUUCGGGAUGCCCCGAUCGGCACCGGUUUCGCCGAGCUACAUGGACAACUCGCGGGAGGGUUCGCCCAUCAACGAUGAAAUGAUGCUGUCGGCACCGGGCUCGCCGGGGCAGAACAACAGCGGCAAUGCCAGCUACAGCUCCACCAACCAUGAUGGUUCCCAGAACUCGUCCUACCAGCAUCAGUAUACGGCAUACGCCAGUGGCGGCGUGGUCACCGAUCAGCAUGGCACCGACGUGUACGAAGACGACGACCAGGUCGAGUACGAUAGCGAUGAGUACGACGCACCGACGGCAGUCAAGCGUCAAAAGAUCUAAUGCAUCUCGCCGCAACCCCGGACAUACAGUCAUCUCACCCAGGCAAGUAAAACUCAUCCGGCGGCGCCGCCGCCGCAGUUGCACGUGUUGUCUGAGUGCCGGCAGUAAACCCAACCGAAACAAAACAAACACGCAACGUAAAAUCAUUCAUAGACGCAUUGAGAAAUAGCACACAAAGGAGGAAAGCAGCAAACAGCAGUAACCCAAUGUUACUCACUCAUAGAAACACACAAAACCACACUUUAAACGCUCUUGAUGGUCUUAUUCACGUUCGUUGUCGGUUUGUAAAACCUCUAAAAAAAAACAAAGAAUGAACCACACACUUUUUU